AUGGCACCUCAAGUCAACGGCGAGGCUCCUUCCUCUGCAUUCCUCAGCCAUCUCAUCUCCUACCCCGUAAUCAGCGACUCCAUCUCCACCUUCAAAUCCAACCCCUACGGCGCCAAAUCCCUCUCCCUCACCACGUCCAUCUCGCACAAGCUCGCCGACCCCCUCCUCCCCUACCUCUCCAAACCCUACCAAUACGUCUCUCCCUACAUCACCAAGGCCGACUCCCUCGGCGACUCCACCCUCUCAACCAUUGACUCCAAGUUCCCCGUCGUCAAGAAGCCCACCGGCGAGCUAAUCGACAAUGGCAAGGCGAUUAUCUUCUUCCCGCUAAAGAAGGGGAGCGAGGGAAAGGAGUACGUCGUUGGCGUGUAUGGCAGUGAGUGUAAGAAGGUGGGCGGCGAGGGCAUCGUUACGUGGGGGAAGGCGGCGAUUGCGACGGGACUGGUGGUUGGUGGGGAUGCGUAUGGCUGGCUGAGUGGGGUUUUGGCGGGGAAGAAGGCGGAGGUUAAGGAGGUUAGUAAUGAGAAGUUGAAUAACUAG